GGCAACCCUGAUUCGCACAUGCGCAACACACACAGAGGCCAACACGCGCCGCAUGUUUUCAGGCUCAACUAACGUCGUUUUGGGUGGUGAUCUAAACGGUGAAUUUUUGCAGAAUGCUAGUCUUGUUUGAAUCAGCGGCAGGAUAUGCCGUCUUCAAACUCCUAGAUGAAAAGAAGUUAAAAGAAGUUGAUAAUUUGUAUAAAAGUUUCCAGUCAGUUGAAGAUGCUAAUCAAAUAAUAAAACUAAAGCAUUUUCAGAAAUUUGAUGAUACAAGGGAGGCUUUGGCAGCUGCAACAGCUGCUGUCGAGGGAAAGCUUGGAAAAGGUCUGAAGAAAAUGUUAAAAAAGAUGGCUGCCAAGGAUGCCAUUGACAAGCUAGCUGUAGCGGAUGCCAAAUUGGGCAACAUCAUUAAGGACAAAUUGGAUUUAAACUGUGUACAUAACAGUGGUAUACAGGAGCUGAUGCGAGGUAUUCGGUCACAGUUUGAUGGUCUUGUGACCGGCCUACCGGAGAAUGACCUAACCGCCAUGACCCUAGGAUUAGCACACAGUUUAUCAAGAUACAAGUUGAAGUUUUCUCCCGACAAAGUAGACACAAUGAUUGUCCAAGCCAUUUCUUUGCUUGAUGAUCUAGACAAAGAACUUAACAACUACAUCAUGCGUUGUCGGGAAUGGUAUGGUUGGCAUUUCCCUGAACUUGGCAAGAUCGUCACAGACAAUUUAGCGUACUCAAAGACCGUAAAAACAAUAGGUGAUCGAACAAACACAGCAACCACUGACCUAUCUACAGUUUUAACAGAAGAACUUGAGGAGCAGGUGAAGUCUGCCGCUGAAAUCUCCAUGGGAACAGAGAUCUCAAAGCAUGACAUUGAUAAUAUUCUAUUCCUGUGUGACCAGAUAAUUGAAAUCUCUGACUAUCGUGCACAACUUUAUGACUAUCUGAAGAAUCGUAUGACUGCCAUUGCACCAAACCUGACAACGCUGGUCGGCGAGCUGGUUGGUGCUAGACUUAUUUCCCAUGCAGGUUCCUUGAUGAAUCUAGCUAAACAUCCAUCAUCAACGGUACAGAUUCUUGGCGCGGAGAAGGCAUUGUUUAGAGCUUUGAAAACAAAGAAAGACACACCUAAAUAUGGACUCAUCUACCAUGCAUGUCCAGGAUGCUGGCAGCGAAGGCAUCUCUGGCGAUUCGAGUUGAUGCCUUGUCAGAAGAAACUUCAACAGAAAUUGGUAUCGAGAGCCGAGCCAAGUUAGAGAGCCGGUUGAGGGCGCUAGAGGAUGGAGGUAUGAGGAGAAUAAGUGGAACUGGUAAGGCUAAAGCAAAGUUUGACAAAUAUGAGAAUAAGAGUGAUGUAAAGAUUUACAACCCCGCCCUUGACUCAACACUACCAUCUGCCGUCCCAAAGAAGCGUAAAAUCGAAGAGGUUGAUGAGGAGGAGGAGGAGGAUAGUUCAAAGCGAGUAAAAGUAAAACUUGAAAAUGGUUCCAGUGAAGAAAGUACAACAAAAAAGAAGAAAAAGUCAGUAAAACAAGAGGAAGAAGAAGAAACACCAAAGAAAAAAAAGAAGAAGAAAGCAACAGAAGAACCCGAACCAGAGCCUGAACCAGAACCGGUCAGCACUGAAAAGAAAAAGAAGAAAAAGAAAAAGAAGGCAGUAGAAGAGGAAGAUUGAAACUUGACAUAAUUAGGUGAAAAAUAAUCAAAUGCCCUGGCCACAAGUACUUCAAAAUCAUUGAUAACCAUUGAGUCAAUCUUGAUAUGCUUUGACCUCUAAUUGAAAUUGAACCAUGCAAUAACUUUCCAUAAGGACAUGGUUAAAAUUUCUAAACCGAAGGCCAUUGCUUUGUUACUAUGUACUAUGGAUGGGUUAAAACCUAAAAUUUACGUAUCAUUUUAAAGCUUAUAAUGUGAAAAAUAUGAAUAUACAGUCAAACUUGCCUAAAGUCAACCUUAUUUUGAAAUUGCCAAAUUGCAGUGUUUUCCAUUUAUUAACGAUCUGUAAGUCAAUUUUAUUUAAGUUAAACCAUUUUUUUCAUGCUAUUUUGGAUUCGACUUAAGCAAGUUCAACUGUAUAUUAAAAAUAGUCAAUUCUUGUUUUGGCAUGGCAAGCCCCAUAUGUUGCUAAAUUCAUAAGAUACUGAUAGUUUCUGUUAGGUUAAAAAGGUGGAGUCGUUAGACAAAAAAAGAUGUACUGUCCUUUUGACCGUGUUUACCGCUCUAUAGCUCUACUACUGAGCUAUGCUGGUGUACUACCUUUCAUUUCUGUUUAUUAGGACUUCAUUUAAAAUGGUACAGUAGUUGAUGGGCCUUUGGUUCAAUAUCAAUGCGGCCAUUACUUUUUCGCAAUCCAAAAAUGAUUCUUAACAAAAUAUAUUCGAGUCUAAAAACAAAACUAUUAUUGUCCUGGCACGUGGAAUAUUAAGUCCUGCUUACGCAUAGCCGGUAGCAAAGAUAAGCAGGUAUGGUGCUAUAAACUGGUCAACAACCUUACUUGGGGGUGUUAAUAGAUUGUACCAAUUGAGUUCACAGACGAAAACUGCAGAAUAACAGGUGAACAGAUUGUGAUGUGGUUUACUAACCACUUUUUAACACAGUACUGUAUGUUAUUGAACCAGCACAAAAAUGAUUUGUUCUAGUGUGCGCACACUGCAUUGGUCGAUGGGUUAUCGAAUCCAUUAUCACUAUGCGAGUGCUUAAUGCCGCCUACUGUUUUGUCCGCGGAUUAAAACUUUAUAUGGUCUGUUGCAUUUCUCUUGGAAUCGGCUGACGACCAAUGGCGCAGUACGUGCCAAUUUCAGUGACAUCUGAGAAAUAAUAAACUUUUAUAGGGGUGGUGGUUUGUUGUCUACAAAUGAUAUUGAUGAUGAUAUAGUGAAAUAAAAUGACCAUUUUAAGUUUGUUAUUUGUACAUAAGAUGUGCAGUAUUAUUGUACUGUACAUACAAUUGUGUUUAUCAACAUAUUUUUAAAACGCAUUUUGUGAAAUUGGUUUUAUCUUGAAAGUGGUUUGACGCAGCAGGAGGUUGGGUUUUCAAUCCCUCAUGUGCAUUUUACUUGUGUCCUUCAGCAAGGCGCUUUAUCUGCAUUGCUUCUCUCCACCCAGGAGUAUAAGUGGGUACCUGGUAGGGUUAAAUGUGCUGAUGUAGCUGCUGCAUCCUUAUGGAAUACUCCAACAGGGAGUUUGUGUUCCAUAGGCAUUUAAUCCAAUGACUGGGGUAAUGAUAAUGUGAAUCGCAUAGAGGGCUAAACAAUAUGCACUGUAUAAAUCUACCAUUGUCAUUAAGACAGUAAAAACAGUGGAUUAUGUGAUAAGUCAGAUUUUCUUAGAUGCACUGAUUUUAUUGAUAUUUCUGAUCAUACAGUAUCCAAGUGAUUUAUGGGCCAUAACAUUCAAAUUUGUUUCAAAAAUGUUCAUUUUAUUAAAACUUCUUCACUAGUACAGUAAUUAUGAGUAAA